UUUAUAAUAAUUUGCCCCUGCCUGGUCCCCUUUGACUCCUACCACCCCUGAUAAGUCCACCGGGUGUAGCCGGUAAGUCAGACAGGUUAAUGCCGGUUGUUUCAGUGGGUUAGAAAUUGACCGCGGUUGAAAUGAUUGCCAUUGUUGCCUCCACUGUUUUGACUCACCUCGGUUAGGUCUCUCGUCCCCUCAUCAGACACAGACGAGAAAAAAGAAAGAGAAAAAGGAGAAAGCCAGAGAAAGAUAAGAGAGAAAGAGAAAAAAGAGAGUCUAUUUUUUUCAUUGAAUUUUUCCUAUUCUGUUUUUGGUGUGUACGAGCUCUGAUUUUUCAGCUGCUGCAACUGAUCAGAGGCUGAGGUGUUGUUUACAGAAGGGAGGGGAAGAGUGAAAGCGACUAUAGAUACAAAGUGGAAGGAAAGAGAGAAAGGUAGAAGAAUUGAUUGAUAGGUUCGUAAAUCAAGAAGUUUGGUGCUGAAUUGAGAGAAAUAUAGGCUGAGAAAUAUAGGCUUUCUUUAUGAGGUAUUGGAAAUUUACUUCGUCGAUUUGAUCAUAGUCUCAGAGAAAGAGAAAAAAGUUGGUUGUUUUAGGUGAAAGAAGAGAGCUAGGGCUUUUAUAACAGUGGUGAUGGUAGAUUGAAUGGAAUUUGAGAGUAUCUGAUGAGAGAUCUGAGCCCAAAGAUUUUUUAAGAAAUGACAACUUCGGAGCCAAAUGAUGCUAGGAACACCAUGGAACGGCAAAAUGGUAAUUCAACUCGACCGGCUGUCGUUAGAGACCCUGAAACGGCGCUGUAUACGGAGCUAUGGCAUGCAUGUGCUGGACCUCUAGUGACCGUCCCUCGCGAAGGAGAGCGCGUGUUUUACUUUGCUCAAGGUCACAUAGAACAGGUUGAGGCGUCUACUAAUCAGGUAGCAGACCAGCAGAUGCCAGUGUAUGAUCUUCCAUCAAAGAUCCUUUGUCGUGUGAUUAACGUUCAAUUAAAGGCUGAGCCGGAUACCGAUGAGGUUUUUGCGCAAGUGACUUUACUGCCUGAACCUAUUCAAGAUGAGAACACCGUGAACAAGGAGCCUCCCAUUCCUCAACCACCACAGUUCAAUGUACAUUCCUUUUGCAAGACCCUGACUGCCUCAGAUACAAGCACCCAUGGUGGGUUUUCAGUGCUCAGGCGGCAUGCAGAUGAAUGUCUCCCACCAUUGGACAUGUCGCGUCAACCUCCAACCCAGGAGUUGGCUGCUAAGGAUUUGCAUGGAAAUGAGUGGCGAUUCCGGCAUAUCUUCAGGGGUCAACCACGAAGGCACUUGCUUCAAAGUGGUUGGAGUGUUUUUGUUAGCUCCAAGAGGCUUGUUGCAGGGGAUGCAUUUAUAUUUUUAAGAGGUGAAAAUGGAGAAUUACGUGUUGGUGUACGACGUGCAAUGAGGCAGCAGGGCAAUGUUCCUUCGUCAGUAAUAUCAAGUCAUAGCAUGCAUCUUGGUGUGCUUGCGACAGCAUGGCAUGCCUACACAACAAGAACCAUAUUCACUGUGUAUUACAAGCCUAGGACAAGCCCAGCUGAGUUUAUUGUUCCAUUUGAUCGGUACAUGGAGUCAGUAAAGAAUAAUUACUCGAUAGGGAUGAGGUUCAAAAUGAGAUUUGAAGGUGAAGAAGCUCCCGAGCAGAGGUUUACUGGAACAAUUGUUGGAAUUGAAGAUGCUGAUCCCAAAAGGUGGCAGGAUUCCAAAUGGAGAUGUCUCAAGGUGCGAUGGGAUGAGACUUCUACCAUACCUCGUCCUGAGAGAGUUUCUCCUUGGAAAAUUGAACCUGCUUUGGCUCCACCUGCCCUGAAUCCCCUUCCAAUGACCAGGCCGAAAAGGACUCGAUCAAAUGCAGUGCCUUCAUCCCCUGAUUCCACUCUGCUUACUAAGGAAGGUUCAUCCAAAGUUACUGUAGACCCUUCAACAGCUAGUGGGUUCUCUAGGGUCUUGCAAGGUCAAGAAUUUUCGACCUUGAGAGGCAACUUUUCUGAGAGUAAUGAGCCUGACACUGCUGAAAAGUCAGUGAUAUGGGCACCUUCAGUAGAUGAUGAGAAAAUUGAUGUGGGUUGUGCUUCAAGAAGAUUUGGGUCAGAGAAUUGGAUAUCCUCGGGGAGGCAUGGACCAACAUGCACAGAUCUGCUCUCAGGUUUUGGGUCAAAUGCUGAUUCCUCCCAUGGGUAUUGUCCAUCCUUGGUUGAUCAAACUUCAGUAGCUGGUAAUCCAAUGGGAAAACAAUUACUACAUCAAGAAGGGAAGCUUGGCUCUUGGUCCCUAAUGCCCUCUGGUUUAUCACUCAAGUUUGCUGACACUAAUGCAAAGCCUCCUGUGCAAGGUUCUGAUGUGCCUUACCAAGCACGAGGAAAUGGUAGAUUCAGUGGUUUUGGUGACUAUCCUAUACUUCAAAGUAAUGGCAUUCAGCACUCACAUGGAAGCUGGCUGAUGCCUCCCCCAACCUCGUCUCUUUAUGAGAAUCAAGUCAAUUCAAGAGAUUUAAUGCCCAAAACAUCAUUGGUACAAGAGCAUGAGAAUGGAAAAUCCAGAGAAGGAAACUGCAAGCUUUUUGGCAUUCCUCUUAUUAGCAAUUCUGUUGCAUCACAGCCAGCACUCCCUUAUAUUAAUGCAUUGAAUAAGCCUGUGGGUCAUAUUCAAGCUGCAUCACACCAAAUUCUUGCAUUUGAAUCUGAUCAAAAGUCUAAAAGGUCAAAGGUCUCACAAUUGGCAGAGGAUCUGUCUUCUUUUAAUGAGCAGGACAAAGUAUUUCAGCUGGGUCAACCCCAUGCAAGAGAGAUUCAAAGCAAAUCUCCUAGUGCUUCAACUAGGAGUUGUACCAAGGUUCACAAGCAGGGGAUUGCACUUGGUAGGUCUGUGGACCUUACUAAGUUCAGCAACUAUGAUGAAUUGAUUUCUGAAUUGGAUCAGUUAUUUGAAUUUGGAGGCGAGUUAAUGGCCCCUAAAAAGAAUUGGCUUGUUGUUUAUACUGAUAAUGAGGGUGAUAUGAUGCUUGUUGGAGAUGAUCCCUGGCAGGAAUUUUGUGCCAUGGUUCGCAAAAUUGGUAUCUACACUAGGGAGGAGGUCCAGAAGAUGAAACCAGGGUCCUUGAGUUCCAAGAGUGAGGACAAUCGAGCUUCUGCAGAAGGCCUAGAUGCAAAAGAAGUGAAAUGUCCAGCAGCAUCUAUUGCAGAGAAUUGUUAGGCUUGGCUGUAAUAGUUCUGGGUAAUAUUCUAGGUUGUUCGAGCAUUCCAAAGCUUAUCACAUUCUAGUAAGUAACAUGUUCCUUUCUUUCUUGUUUCAGCCUUUUGGUGGAGGCAACAGGAGUGUGCUAUAAUGACAUUCCGGUUGGUUAGAAGUUCAAAUAGUUUGAGUUGAAAGUGAUUUCUGAGUCUAUUUGCUACAAGUUUGUCUCAGAAAUCAGAAUCAGACAUAGAUGGCACGAAUGGUAUUAAUCCAAUUUUGGACAUGUUGUGGAGGUUGGUGUAUGGUGUCCUUUAUAUAAUUCAUAAUUAAGUAUAUCCGAAUUGAAUUUCAAGCGCAGCCUUGCUUUUGCAACCACCCCCCAUGUACAGAAGAUGUUUUACCCCCCUUUUCAACCUGUGAAUGUAAGUUAAUACACAAGCUAAUGUCUUUUCUAGUAAGAACAUUAUUUUGUUGGUUUUUAUGGAAA